AUGGCCAUGUCGAUGGCGUCUGGUAUCACGACUUCCAUCAUCCUCGAGACAGUCCUGCUCCAUCGUGGGGCUGACCAGCUUCCUUGGGUAAGGGCUACUCGUACUGCUAUGGGUAUGAGCAUGGUUUCGAUGUUGGCCAUGGAGAUUGCGGAAAAUGCUGUCGAUUAUCAUUUGACGGGUGGAUUGGUUGCUUUUGGCGAUCCGAAGUUCUGGUUGGCCGCCGUUGUCUCGAUGGGGGCUGGGUAUUUGGCGCCUUUGCCUUAUAACUAUCUGCCUUCAUAG